UUUCCGGAAGCAGCUUGAGUCUGGACGCCAACGUCGGCGACGCUGGGAAGCAGACUUCCGGCGCCGUAUUUUCUCCGCUGGUUCCUGCGGCGAGCCAGCGGCAGCAGCGGCGGCGGCGAUGAGACAGAAGCACUACCUUGAGGCUGCAGCGCGGGGACUGCACGACAGCUGCCCGGGCCAAGCCCGCUACCUCCUCUGGGCCUACACUUCGUCGCACGAUGAUAAGAGCACUUUUGAAGAAACCUGUCCAUACUGUUUCCAGUUGUUGGUUCUGGAUAACUCUCGAGUGCGUCUCAAACCCAAAGCCAAGUUGACACCCAAAAUACAGAAACUUCUUAAUCGAGAAGCGAGAAACUAUACACUCAGUUUUAAAGAAGCAAAAAUUGUGAAAAAGUUCAAAGACUCCAAAAGUGUAUUGAACACCUACAUCUGGACAGUCAGUAUCUACUUGCUCCUCAAAGAAUACGAGCAAAACAAAGAAACACUUCUCUCAACUAAAAAUGUUACUUAGUCAGAAUGAAUCCCAAAAGAUUCCAAAGGCGGACUUCAGAAAUUUCUUAUCUUCUCUGAAGGGUGGACUUUGAAAAUAAGAAAUGCCUGAUGUCAAUUCUGAAAACAACUUUUUAAACUUUUAUUUAUUUUUUGAAUACAUGGAAACUAGAUCUGAAUGCAAACUUUUCUUGGCAUCCUUCAGUGUUUAUGGGGAAAAUACCUCAUUAGUAUGAAUACGUGAAACCUGCCUACCUCAUAGGACGACUGUGAGGAUCAAAAAAUAUAUGAAAGUUCCUUGUAGAUACAUAAUCUAUAGAUAUAUAUGUGUAUGUAUAUAAAGAUAUAUAUAUACAUUGAGUAGUGGCAUUACUAUUUUUUCUUCCUUUAGUCAGCAGUUUUUAUGUUAUUUUCUUUCAAAAGGGAAUUGAGAUCUUUAUGAGAGGGUCUGUUCACUCAUAAGGGUUUCUUCCAUGUGUCUAUAGCAUUGUUGAUAAUUCAGGAAAAGGAUCAAGUGGGUCUUUAUUUUCUCACAAUUAUCUGCAUAACUAUCUUAGUAAAACCUGAAGCUUAUUCCUAUUUUGAUUGCAAAAGUAAAUACCUGGAACAUUCCUGAUUAUAGAUCACUCAAUAGGAGACUAAAAUUUUCUUUCUGUUUAGAAAAGGGAACGUACUGUUGGUGAUACUAUAAAUUAGUACAGCAACUUUGGAAGACAGUAUGGAGGUUCCUCAAAAAACUAAAGGUAGAAUUACCAUAUGAUCCCACAUCUGCAUAUAUAUCCAAAGGAAUUGAAAUCAGUAUGUCAAAGAGAUGUCUGCCCUACAGUGUUUCACUGUAGCAUUAUUCACAAUAACCAAGAUAUGGAAACAACAGAAAUGCUUGUCAAAGGGUGGAUUUUUGUAAAUGUGAAUGUACACAAUGGAAUACUAUUCAGCCUUUAAAAAGCAAGACAUUCUGUCAGUUGUGAUAACAUGGAUGAACCUAGUGGACAUUAUACUAAGUGAAAUAAGCCAGACGCAGACAAAUACUGUAUUAUUUACAUGAGCUCUCAAAAAGUAGAGCUCAUAGAAGUAGAGGAUAUAAUGGUGAUUACUGGAGGCUGUGGUUGAAGGUACGGGGAGUAGAAAGGGAAAGGGAAAUUUCAAUUAAGAGGAAUCAGUUCUAGUGAUCUGUUGUACAGCAUGAUGAUUAUAGUUAAUGUAUAUUUCAAAAUAGCUGAAACAGGGUUUUUGGCUUUUUUUUGUUUUGUUUUUUUUAGAGACAGUCUUGCUCUGUCAUCUGGGCUGGAGUGCUGUAGCAUGAUUGUAGAUCACUAUAGCCUUGAACUGGGCUCAAGUGAUCCUGUUGCCUCAGCCUCCAGAAUAGCUGGAACUACAGGCACACACCACUGCACCUGGCUAAUAUUUUAAUUUUUUUCAUUUCCCACUACAAGAAGCCAUAAUUUUUUAUUUUUUGUAGAGGUAGAAUCUUACUAUGUUGCCCAGGCUCGUCUUGAAUUCCUGGCUUCAAGCAAUCCUCCCAGCUCACCCUCCCAAAGUGCUACAAUUACAGGUGUGAGCCACAGUGCCCAGCCAAAAGAGGGUUUUUUAAUGUUCUCCCCACAAGAAAUGAUAAAUGUUUGAGGUGAUGGAUCUAUUAAUUAGCCUGAUUGGAUUACACCAGUGUAUGCAUGUAAUGAAACACCACAUUGUGUCCCAUAAAUAUGUACAAUUA